CGCGCGUUUACAUUUAAUAGCCAGACACUUGUCAUGCCAAAGAAGCAAUAGAAACAGUCCAGUCAUGACAAAAUGGCGAGCGGAGUUGGAAAACAUAAAUUGCUGCUGGGCCCAACAGAACCUUGGUCAAUUAGAGAAAAGCUUUGCCUUGCCUCCUCUGUCAUGAAGAGUGGAGACCAAAACUGGGUGUCUGUGAGCCGAGCCAUUAAGCCAUUUGCCGAACCCGGACGACCACCUGACUGGUUCUCACAGAAGCAUUGUGCAUCCCAAUACUCUGAGCUCCUGGAGACAACUGAGGCCCCAAAGAGAAAGCGAGGUGAGAAAGGGGAGGUGGUUGAGACGGUGGAGGACGUGAUCGUCCGCAGGCUGACAGCAGAGAGAAUAGAAGAGUUAAAACGACUGAUCAAAGAGACCCAAGAGAAGCACAGGAAACUGAAGAGAGAAGCUGAGCUCAUCCAGGCGGGUCACCUGGACACCAAACUUGAGGAGCUAUGGGAGCAAAUUAUACGGAACAGAAAACAAGAGGAAGAGGAAGCUGAUGUGAAGAGAAAGGCAACAGAUGCAGCAUACCAGGCCAGACAGGCACUGAAGAACACUCCUAAACGUGUGCCCUGUGUGACUCUACGCUCCCCCUCUGGGUCCUGCUCUCCCAGCCUAGAUUUUCCCAUUGGAGAGUCGUCUGAAGAUGCCAGCACCACUGGGGCAGGGUUGACCGUUUUUGUGCCCCUGGCGGAGCUGGCAGGCCCUGGAGUGGUAGAGUCGAGUUUAGGUUCACUUCUAGAUGAAUCAACACAGAAGAAGCUUUUGGGGCAGAAAAUCACACCGCCCCCUUCCCCGCUCCUCUCAGAACUGCUGAAGAAAGGCAGUCUUCUGCCCACCAGCCCUAGACUGGCAGUUGAGGGAGAAGCUUUAUCUAGCCAGCUUACAGCGUCUCAAGAUGUUCAGAUGACGUCUUCAAUACCAGCCUCUCAGGCCGCUACAGGUGCUCCCACAUUGUCUCGUCUGCUGGAAGCUGGCCCCACCCAGUUUCCCUCUCAGUUGAGCUCAAUGGCCGCUGCAGACUCCACUCCCAGCACUACUGACACUGCUGUCCCGCUCAUUACAGGAGGUGAUGGAGCACCAGUAGAUAAUAAGGAAGCAGUUUUAGGGGAAGAUGACCUGGUGACUGUGUCUUAUAUGGGAGAGGAGUUGGACUUGGAGACAGUCGGGGACAUUAUAGCUAUUAUUGAGGAAAAGGGAAAUGAGAAUGUAGAGGCGCUGGAUGCCGCAGCAGUGGAAGCUGCUUUGUCCUUGUGUGAGGAUACGGGUCACAACCUGACAGGGCCCUGGGAACCCAGUACCUUCAGGCCCAUUGGUCCUGAGCCGCCCGGCACUACAGAUGACCUAGACCCAAAUCCUCUGCACCUGUUAGAAGGGAAGAGAGAGGAUCCUGACACAUGUGGUUCAAGCAUUGGCUGCGGAGCACAGGUGUAUCCGACUCCCUCCUUCACAGUACCUCAAGACACCGUCCCGACACACACAGAAUCAGACAACCCCAGAUCAGAAUACACUGACAAGGCUAAAGAGGAAAGAUCAGAACCGGUGCAUGCUGUGAUUAAACGUGAGAGUGAUGAGUGGACACAGUCUCAAUCCGAUACACAGUCAGAAGAUGAUCCCGCGGUAAAACAGCACUCAAAGGAAGUGAAAGAGGAGGAGGAGGAGGCUGUAAGCGAUACAGAAGAGAGCAGCGUGAUGGAGAUAAAAGCCGGACUAGAUGGGGACGGAGCAGAGGAUUGUGGGGGAGACGAGGAUGGAGAGGGAGUUUAUCUGUCUGAGGCUGAAGGGGAAACAGAGUUGGACCCUCCAGCCAGUGAGAGCGAGGACGGCUACAGCAUGCACACUGCAUCCUCUUCCCUACAGCUUCACACCACAGCCGACUCAAUUCCAAGCAGCCCUGCUUCCUCACAGUUCUCUAUCUGCAGUGAAGAUCAAGAAGCCAUUCAGGCUCAGAAGAUCUGGAAGAAAUCCAUUAUGCUGGUGUGGCGAGCAGCAGCCAAUCACAGGUAUGCAAAUGUCUUCCUGCAACCGGUGACAGAUGACAUUGCCCCGGGUUAUCACAGUAUUGUUCAUAGGCCAAUGGAUUUGUCCACCAUCAAGAAGAACAUAGAGAACGGUCUGAUCCGCACCACAGCCGAGUUUCAGCGUGAUAUCAUGCUGAUGUUCCAGAACGCUGUGAUGUACAACAGCUCCGAUCACGACGUGUUUCACAUGGCCGUGGAGAUGCAGAGGGACGUGCUGGAGCAGAUUCAGCAGUUUCUGGCCACGCAGCUGAUCAUGCAGACGUCAGAGUCAGGCAUCAGUGCCAAGAGCCUGCGCGGGAGAGAGGCCAGCCGUAAACAGGACCCUAAUGACAAGGACUGUGUUCCCAUGGCCUCUCCUGCAUUUCUUCUCUCUCUCUUUGAUGGGGGCACCAGGGGGCGACGCUGCGCUAUAGAAGCAGACCUGAAGAUGAAGAAAUGAACAGGACUGACCAAUGGGUGGAUUCAUAAAAUACCUAGCAAAUGACUGAGAGUGAUAAAAACACAAUUUGCCUGAACCAUACCAGGCAUGUUUCAAGGGUCUGACUGGAGUCAUGGGAUGGGACUGCCUCAUUAUAUGAGUGUGUAUAUAUGUCUGUCCUUAUGUAUUUGUUGUAAGGUGUUACCAGUUUUUUUUUUGUAUGAAUAGUGCCUUUAUAGGUGUCGAUGGAUGGAGAAAAAACCUGUGACAAAUGGCAGGUUGAUUAAAAUUCAAAGGCCUUAUUACAGGGUUGACAACAAGAUCCAUACAGUAUUUUACUGAUACAGUACUGUGCACAAGUUUUAGGCACAUCAGAUGCUUCACCAAAUUGUUUGGUUUUUAAAUCUUUUAAUUUAUAGAUUUGUGUGUCAAAAGAAGAAAUUAAUAUAAAUGUAUAGCCAUUGACAAUUAAGUAAGAUUCUUACAGACAAUAUAGCCAACACAUGAAAGAUUACAGAGACCUAGCAUAUGAUUCAUGUUUUAUUUUAUCGGCACACUCAAUCCAAACAAAACUUUCAACAGUUCAGGUACUGCAUGGAACAAAAUCACAAUACCACCACCGGCACAAACUCCACAUCGCUCUCUUUAAACAUUUCAUCCCACAUCAGGACGUCUUCUGAACAUCUCAACAUUCAUGCUCAGUUUGUGCUGAAGUUCAGCAUGUUGUACUAGUGUUCAGUAACAUGAGGUAAAACAUUAAAUCUACUUCAAAACA